UAAAAUUAGUAGAAUGCUGUUCAAAAAUAGUCUAGGUCUUCUUAUUCUUUGUUUAUCUUGUCUUUGUUGCGAUGGAUGGAUUCUGCACGCCCAAACUCUUUGUAAGGAGAUGAAUGAGAAUAGUGCAAGAGAAAGCAACAUAACAAUCAAGUACACUAUACGUAAUCAGUUUGCGGAACCUUGGUUUGAAUACGAACAGAAUGUGACGUCAAAGGCUGGUCAACCAUUCAUCAGGUUCAUGGAGCAGGCGGCUGAUGACGACAAAAACUUCCAAUUCUCUUCGAGACACUCUAGCAAGCAUGGUUAUGUUGUUGAAGAGCUUGGAAAAGAUAUGUUAGCUGGUACUCCUGGUUUGACUUACUGGCGGUUUGUUAAAGCGCCAUCUACCGUCCUAAGUCUGGAUGUGAGUAGAUACAUACCAGAAGAUGGUGACCAUUUAAUCUUGGACUUUGUCAUGUAGAGGGACUUUCAACCUGGCAAUAUCCUGCAUAUGUUUUCAUCAGAA